AUGGGCCUGCUAGAGGAUACAACGACCGAGACUCUGCGAAAGCAAUCUGGGGACAGUCCCCCAACAUACACCCAGACCAUAGGCCAACCGCCUACAGCUCCUCCCUUGAAUCUGGCCCAGAAUGCUGGACCUGCAAACCAUACAACCAUCACCCACUACGAGUGCAUCGCGCAUCUCAAAUUCCUGGCAGCAUUGUCCGAUCUACGUGAUACGGUAACAAGCAGUCCAAAUCUCUUCGAUAUCUCCGAUCCAAACCCACGAAAAUUCGGAGAACAUCUCAACGAAGCCUGGGCGUUAACCAAAGAGAAACGCUGGGCCAUCUAUACGUCUAAGGCCGUCGAGCGUUAUACAACUUGGUGGAGGGAGUGUGUCCCAACAUCUCGCUCUCGGACCACCACCGAACUGCUGACCUCCGAGGAAUAUGGCAAGAUUACAGCCUGUGACAGUUCUUUAUCCUGGACCCGGGAUGAGUUGCCUCCGCUAGAUAUUUUAAUGGUUUGGCAUGCACAUAUGCUCAAUCCUAGGGCGUUCCUUGAAGACUGUAUUCGACAGGGAAAGAUGAGCUUUUGGGCUACUGGCUUCCCAUGGGAAGCUAUAAACGCAUGCAUCGAUGACCAAGCACUGAAGUAUGACGCCGGAAAGAGUGCGGAAAACGUUUUCGCCUGGAAAACAAACCUCCAAUGGAACAGCCUCGAAGACAUGCCGUGCAAGUUGGUAGAUUGUCCCAGUUGCGGCCAUAAAAACGCUGCGCCCUGGACCGAUGGAAGAUUGACCCUUCCACUCGAUCAAGCGUUUGACCACUGGACUGGCUUCGCAGACAAGAAUUUCAGGAUGUACUGUGCUGAAUGUGAGCUCCGAAUCACUCACGAUAGCCUUCGAUUCCAAAAAUUCAGGGCAGAUGUCGAAUGCCUGCUGAAUGAGAAUAUCCCCAUGCCGGGCACAUAUUUGAAUGUAUGGGGAUUCCCUGAACAACAGAGCUCGACACGCCGUCGCCACCAGCAAGCAACUUUCCCCAAUCGACUUCUCCGAGCAGCCAAACGCGAUAUUCUCGACUUCUUCAAGUCGACCUUGCGGACUUUCCCAAGCAUAUCGAUGCUACGUGACCACUUGGGAGUUUUCCUGCAAGACAGAGAGAUUAUGCGUGAAGCAAACCCUAAUGGCAUGGGGGUCUCACUCCAAAAAGAUGAAAAAAUCGCUUUUCGCCGCAUGAUGUCUCGAUACUGGGACAACAGCUCCCAAUUCGCCCUCGACCUCGUCGGCGCCGUCAUCCGACAAGGCACCUUCGUCCAAAAAAUGGACAACAUUGACUGGCUACACUCCCCAGCCGUACUAGAGACAACUCUCCGCCUAACUCGCAAAUAUGCAAUCUUCUUCAGCAUCAUGUCCUCCAACCCGGGCCGCAUGGCCGUCCCAACCCUCGACGUCGACUUAGCCUGGCACACGCACCAACUUGCCCCAUCCCGUUACUUCGAAUACUCAAUGUACCGCACCUCACAAGACGGCCGAUGCGCAACAUUCAUCGACCAUGACGACAAGGUUGCCGAAGUCAAACUCUCCGACGGCUUUGAAUGGACCUCCAAAAUGUACCGCAAGCUCACAGACGGUGGCAUCUACUCUGAGUGUACCUGCUGGUACUGCGAAGCCACCCGCGGCUCAGACCUACAACGCCGCAGCAGCAUCAUCUUACCUUCCUCCUCAGGCUCAAAGGCCCGAUCCGCAGCAGCCAACCUGCACAACAACCCCGAUAUCUCCUCCGACCCCGACAAGAACCCACACAUCUCCGCGCACAGCGCCGUCAAAACGAAAUCCGACUUCCCGGCUGCAAAGAUCACAGGCGUGGACGCCAACGAGGUGAAAUUCCUCAAGCUGCGCUCCGAGUAUGAGCGGACCCGCCGGCGCGCUGACAAGCGGAGCUCGCGAGAUGGGAAACGCCGCUCGGACGAUGGUUCUCAUUCGAAUUCUUACGCCGCUUAUCCGCUUGUGUGGGGGGUUCCUAUCUGUGUGCCCUUUUAUGCGCCGUAUGCUGGUGACCCCGGGGUCCAUUCUGAUGCCUAUGCUGCGGAUCCGAGCUGCAUGAAUCUUCACCACGGGCAUUCGGGGAAUUGCGCUGCUGGGACUUGUGGGGGUGCCGUUGCGGCUGGGUCCUGUGGUGGGGUGGCAGGGGGUUGUACUGGAGGUUGUGCUGGUAGUUGUGGUAGCGCCGGUGGGUGUAGUGGAGGAGGAGGAGGAGGAGGAGGAGGGAAUUGUGGUGGCGGAGGGGGAGGUUGUGGUGGUGGUGGCGGAGGGGGCUGCGGCGGAGGGGGUGGAGGAGGAGGUGGUUGUUGA